CUUGUGACAUUUUAAGAGAAGAGUCCCCUGACACACUUUAGUUACUUUCUCAGUCUUGCAGUCAGAGGGUCCCAGGUAACAUCUUCUUCAGCUUCUCUGGCAUGAUGGUGCAUCUCUAUUAUCUUGCGUUCUCCUUGCUGUGGAGUCUUCCUGUCUUCUCCUCUGGGCUAGUCAUCCAGUGCAAAGACGGGGAAUAUGAGUGGCCGAUACUCGAACCCACGUUAUGUUGUAAAAAGUGCCCGCCAGGUCAUCGUUACAUUAGUCGCUCAGACAAAACUUGUGAAAUUACAUGUGAGCCCUGCGAUGAAAAUCGGUACAGUGACAACUUCAACCUGGAAAGGAACUGCAACGUCUGUGAUGUUUGCAAAAAAGCUAAUUUUGAGGUUGCGUCCAACUGCACAACAACCAAAAACACUGUUUGCAAGUGCAGAGCCGGCUACAGAUGCAAAGACAAGUCCUGCACGUUUUGCGAGCCUGUCCCAACAACCACCCAGCCCACGACUCCGCCGUCCACUACAGUAGCUGGAUCCACCUCCACAACCAAGAUAACUGUACCACCAAAUAACAAAAUCAGAGAUACUCAGUGGUUCCUGGUGAUAAUCGCUCUUCUGUGUGCUGGAAUUGCUCUGGUUGUUAUGACAAAAAUCAAGCCAAUUCUGCACUGGAUCAGAUCCAAUCAUGGUUAUUUUUUGCCUGAAAAGACUGUGACAGCCACUCUAUGCGCAGUGGAAGACGAUGUGUCCAAGCCGGUCCAGGAGGUGUGUGGAAAAUGUGACCACUGCAUCGACUUAUGUAUAAAGGAUUAAAUCCUGCACCUGGAUAAAUCAAAGGUACUUGUCAAAACCUUCACUGCCACAAGAAAGGAACAACUUCUCCUGGAUAUUGGAGCCGAACGGAGACAAUCAUCGCUCCAGUCGUUAUAAUGAAGAGGACUACAGCGGACGGUUCAGCUACUAAUGCUGUUCAAAAACUACAGGAUUUCUCAAUACACAGAAAACUUACCCUACAGAAACUGGAAAAUUUAUUCCACCUAAACACACAGAGUGGGACACUAUGAUAGUCCUGAAUGGGCUGUUUGGUAUUUUGCUAAAUAGGUAUGUACUAUGGUACACUAUACUACAUAAUAAGACCAGUGAUGAGAUUCUCACUCAGACAUUUGUGCAGUAGGUGUGUCCAAACCUGUUCCUAAGUAUAUAUAAAUAUAUAUACUGUAUAAAUGUAUAUACAUAGACUUAGAGCUGCUGUUUAAUAUCAAAUCAUGUAUAUUAAGAACUAAAUUGUUUUUUUUUUGAAAACCUCAGUAUUUCUUUAUUUUUCUUUAUGCAAAAUAAAACAAAUACUCCACUCA